AUGGCUCGGACCCGUGCAAGCCCACUUCUGGUUGCACUUGCCCUUGGCUGCGCCCUGCUGGUCUCGCGAGCUUUCGUCUGCGGCCCUUCUGCAAGACAGGGAGCUCUGCCGGAGGUGGAUGCACGGGUCUUGGGCGCAACUUUUGCGGGGCUGUCUCCCCUGGCCGUUGAGCAGCCCGCAAACGCUUACGACAGCGUUGUUGCCAUGCUGCAGAGCUGGCUGGUAGGCGGCAUUUCGCUUGUUCUUAUCUACGGAGCUGCCUUGGUGGCUGCUGUUGCGAACCCGCUGACGAAGAGGCGCCUGGAAGUCAAGGGUGAGGUGGAUGCGAUGCGCAAGAGCUGA